AUGACGAUCCACCACAUCCCGACCUUACCCAACGACGUCCUCUUCUCGAGGCUCUUGAGGAUUGCAAAUCAAAGAGACAGCAAAGUCAUCGUCGAUGACUAUAGCACAGGGACUCAGUUUGGCUAUCGUCAAAUCCUCCACGGGACCGUCAAGCUUCAGCAAACGCUGCACGGUCUUCUUUACGGAUCGAAACAUCGGAGACCCGGCAAAUUUUACGUUGCACUUCUAGCCCCAAAUGGCUAUGAGUUUAUCAUUGGAGUUCUCGCUAUUUUGGCAAUUGGUGGAGUGGUCGUUCCAAUGCCAACCGGCGCACUACCAGCCGAAGUCGCAUAUAUUCUUCAGCAAUGCGAUGCCCAGUGUAUGGUUGUCAGCUCGGAGCUAACCGAACUCGCAACGCAAAUCCAACAAGAAGUCAAGUUUCCAUCGAUUACCAUUGAAAAAAUUGUCCACGACUCGAAUGAUCUGCCUCCUGCUACGUUUUAUAAUCUCGAGACAGCACUUGCAGUCUCAGAAGAGACGCCCAGUAUCUUGUUCUUCACUUCAGGUACGACUGGCCCACCAAAGGGGGUCCUACAUGCCCGUCGGACAAUCAACAAGUACGCUCGGAUGGAAGAAGAGCCAGAGACAAAUGACGAGAUUUGCAUCAUACCCAGGGGAGCGUUCUGGUCCGUCUAUUUCACGAAGCUCUUUCAAAUGCUUCUCGCUGGAGUGCGCAUCGAGAUUCAGAAUUUUGGGCGCAAUUAUAAUCUCAUAUGGGAAAAGUUCCGCAAAAGGACGGGCACCAAGAUCCUCUUAUCGCCUACCUUCUGGUAUGGUAUGAUGUUGCACUACGAGACUCAUAUUUCGAAGUUGCCGGAGCAGGAAGUUCAGGAGUACAUUGAGGGGGUGCGAUACAUUCGCGAAGCAUGUGCAACAGGGGCCAUGCCAUCAAGUCGGAUCAAGGAAUUCUGGUGCGAGAUGCGCGGACGGCCUCUCAAGGUACUAUACGGGUCAACCGAAACGCAGGAGAUAGCUGUCUGGGAUGGCACGCAAGGAAUGGAAGAGGCUGAUUUAGGUACCCCGUUGCCGAGUGUGACGAUGAAGCUGUCUGGGGGAGAUCAAGGGGAGCUUCUUGUCAAGACCCCGUCGAUGUUUCUCGGGUACCUCAACUCUCCUGAUGCGACGGAAAAGCGUUUGGACGAAGAGGGGUUUUUCAGAAGUGGAGAUCUAGCGGUCCUCGACAACGGACGUUAUAUAUUUAAAGGAAGAUCAAAUAUGGAUUGUCAGUAUCAACAUGAUCACAAUUACUUUCACAAUUUCCGGAUUUCAAGUGCGUCAUCUAACCAGCUUCUCGAACGCAGUGUUCAAAUUUUAUACAUACAAAGUUCCUCGAACGAAAGUCGAGGCGAAGCUGACAGCGCUCUCCUAUGUCUCGGAGGGAUAUAUCUUGCCAGUAGAGGACCCGCAAUGCGAUACUCGAACAGCUGCACUUGUGCGGUUUCGGGAAGGCGUUGA